AUGUCGGAACCUGCCGCUGUCCCUCAAGAUUCAAUCGCUCGGACGAUGUAUCAAAGACUACUUGAAUCGUCCCAUCCAAUUGCACUCUUAUCGUUCCUUACUUUUCGAUUAUUACCUAUUUUCAUAUACCUUUUCGGUAUGUUGUUCACUUCAAACUACAUCUUAUACUUCAUCACCAUAAUCUUGUUAGUAUCUGCAGAUUUCUGGAAUGUGAAAAACAUAGCCGGCAGGCUAUUAGUUGGCUUGCGUUGGUGGAACGAAACUAAUGAGCUGGGACAAACUAUUUGGGUUUUCGAAACUGCAGACCCGAAUAGAUAUAUUAAUCCGAUCGACAGCAAAGUUUUUUGGUUAAUGAUGUACAUCACGCCAAUAGCAUGGGUCUUGUUUGCAAUUAUGUCAGUUUUGAAACUUCAUUUAAUUUCACUUAUUUUAAUAAUCAUUGCAAUUUCGUUGUCAAUUACAAACACAAUGGCCUAUAACAAAUGUGACAAAUUCGGUAAGGCAAAUAAUAUAGCUAACGAUGUGAUGUCAUCGUUUUCAAUUCCAUUUUUGAGUAAACUAAACCCAUUCGGUAGGCUUUUUGGAUCAAACUAA